AUCUGCUCUGUAGGCUGCCUGACUCCCAGCCCAGCUCAGGACCUCCUGCAGGGGAUUAGUGAGGCUGUUCUCACGUUGUAAGGAGCUGAUGCCCUCACCAAGUUUGGAUUUCAGAAGUAAUCUGUCCUACACAUUCCAAUUGGAUCUAACCUUGCUAUGUGUCGAGAUCUGUUUCAGGAGGAAGUCUUUUUUUCUCACUAGCUAACAAGUCCCAGGGAUUGUGAUCUUGCUAGUCUUGUCUUUACUUCUCAGCUGUUUUUUUCUUCUUUGCCUCCCCCUGAUCUCUCUGGACCAGCUGUUGUUAAAGGAGCCCUGAUGUCUUCAUUUGACUCCCCGCAGUUGUUGAUGGUUUGUGCUUCUCAGAUUCCCAGGGAGGAUCUUAGCAUCAAGACUUAUUUUGCGCAGAAAAGCUGUGGCUGCUGCUUCAUUUUAUGCUGAUCUUGGAGGGAAGGAAAUUAUUAUUCUAACAGCUAAUUGCAACAAGGACCUCAACAGCCAAAGCCACCUGCUUACCUGUGGUUGUGUUCACUAAAGUCUAUGAUUGUAGCAGACUUGUAGAACCAUCCUGGACAAUCAGUUUCUUAUAUAUUUUCAAGGGUCGUAUUCUUUUGGGAGAGUUUAAUGUCCUUCUUAGGUCUAAAGAGGCCAUACAAACGGUCCCUUUCUUGGAAGUUUUUCUAAGAUGAAGUUAUGGGCUUUUCUGGCAGUCUGCAUUUUGAUGUUGAGUUCUGUAUCAAACAUCCCGUUGCCCUCAAACUGGUUAGCUGGUAAGAAGCGAUUCCAAUUGCAAGAAGCUCCGAAGGAAGACAAGGACACUGCUUUGGGGAUGUAUGAGCCGGUUCCUGAGGGUCCCACUACUAUCCUGGGACCACAAGAUCUACAGAUAUACUCUGAAAUACCUGAUGAUUAUCCAGAGCAGUUUGAUGAUGUACUGGAAUUCAUUCAAGACACAAUAAAAAGACUUCGGAGGUCGUCCAACAAGCAAACUCUCUCCAGGCAAGGAAGAGGAAGGAAUAGAGUUGUACCGAGUAUUGAGAAUUCCAGUAAAAAAACAGGGAAAGACAGAAAGAGAAAAAAUAAAGGCUGUGUUUUGCGGGAGAUACAUUUGAACGUGACAGACUUGGAUUUGGGGUAUGAAACUAAGGAAGAACUUAUCUUUCGGUACUGCAGUGGAUCUUGUAAUGACCCAGAGACAAUUUAUGACCAAAUUCUAAAAAAUCUAACAAGAAAGAAAAAAUUAGUUAAUGACAAAGUUAAGCAGGCUUGUUGUAGGCCGAUUGCUUAUGACGAUGAUCUUUCUUUUUUGGACGAUAACUUAGUUUAUCAUACCCUGAGACAACAUUCCGCCAAGAAAUGUGGAUGUAUUUGACUUGUUGAGAUUGCCACAUGAAUGUGAGCAUUGCAUUCCUGCAGUAAUGCAAAGGAAGGGAUCAAGAUUCCCAAAGUGGCGCUCCCGCCGAUGGAGAAGAGGACCAAGGAAGACGGAGCAUCAUAUCUUGCUGGGAACCCAUAGAGAUGUUUGUUGAGCACCAGGGAAGGAGUCACAAGUAAAGGGCUCUGGCAAAUCUACAGCAGAACAUCUACAGAAGAAGACAAAACUCUAGAUGUUGGAUAUCGUACCACCAUUAUAUAUGCUAUAGCUCACCAGCAGUAUUGACUGGACAAGUCAAUAACCAGCUUUAAAAAAACACAACCGUUUAUACUUCAUGCAUGUCAGGUUUACCAAUAUAUUUUUGUACAAAAAUAUGUAUAUCGUGAUCCAUUAUUUCUGUAUUUGGGGAAUGAUUAUAAUAUUUACAAUUUGCAAUACAUGAUAUAUCAGUACACUUAAAAUCCUGUAUGGUUGGUAUUGUAUAAAAUCAGAUUCUUUCUAACUGUACACAGUGGGCUCAUUUCCAUUUAGUUCUGCAAUAAACAGGGAGUUAUUUCAAAACCCAAAUUAAUUUGCUGGAGUAAAUAUUCGGAAGUUCCCCUUAUUGAUUAGUCAAUACAGUUAGAAUAAGCGACCAUCUGACACAGAAUAAUUUUUUUUUGGUUUACAGAGAGUCAUUUCUCCUUUUUUGACAAUACAUUAAUUAUUGGUCCAUAGGGGCCAACAGACUACUUGAUGCCAUGCAUCCUUUCAGAUACAUGAAUAUAUAAAGGAUAUUUAUUGAGAAUUAAGUUAUUUCUAUUUAUUACAGUCCACUUUUGAAUGUUUCUUUUUUUUCCUAUUUAUUAAACUUUCUCUUCAAUGGUGCCAAAGUGGAGCAUGCUUUCAAGAUUGAGAUUUUAUAGCAGAGGAAUUUCAUACUUUACUUUUUUUGAAGGCUUGAAUACAAAAUGCUGUACAUGCUGGAAAAUUUGCAUUAAGCAUAUUUAAUCACUGCUUGCUCAUUGUUUGUAACCCGUACGCAUUAGGGGAAAGGUUCACCUGUUCCUUGUUUAUUCUGUUUGUUGCACAGUAUUUUCGUUGAUACCAAAUAUAUAAAGGCAAUCUUCUAAUUCUCUACAGUUCCCACAUCAACAGAUGAUGCGUUUUUCAAGCUGGUUUAAUGUGUUAUUAAUAUAAUAAUAAUGUUUAAUAUAUGAAUAAUUUAAAUAUGCUGUAGUCUGCUUCAUACACAUCUUGUAAAAACAUGUCAUUCAUUUUUCUAAUCUGUUACAGCAGCUAUGAGCUUACUUAACAUUAAAGGGACACUGAACCCACAUUUUUUUCUUUCAUGAUUCAGAUAGAGCAUGCAACUUUAAGCAACUUUCUAAUUUAUUCCUAUUAUCAAAUGUUCUUCAUUCUCUUGGAUAUCUUUAUUUGAAAAGCAAGAAUGUAAGUUUAGAAGCCGGACCAUUUUUGGUGAACAACCUGGGUUGUUCUUGCUGAUUGGUGGAUAAAUUCAACCACCAAUAAACAAGUGCUGUCCAGUGUUCUUAACCAAAAAUUGACUGGCUC